GACCUUCUGGGCCCCUCCCCCACGCGGGUCCCGGCCGCCCGCGCCGCCAACGUCGCCUUCGCCUUCCUGCGCUUCCGGAGCCUCGUCCGGGGGGGGUCCCUGCCCCCCGUGAGCCCCCCGAAAUGGGGAGGGGUGGGGGACCACCUGAGGCAUUUUGGGGGGGGGUCUCACCUGGCCGUGCUUUUUGGGGGGCGCCUCUUCCGGGUGCCCCUCAGGGCGGGCGGGGGGCGGCCCCUGAGCCCCCCCGAGCUCCAGGGGCAGUUCCAGAAGGUUCUGGAGCAAAAAGGGGAGGGGGGACCCCCCCCCGAGACCCCCGCGGUGCUGACGGCCGGGGACAGGUGCCCCUGGGCGCGGGCGCGGGCGCUGCUGGUGGCCGGGGGGGGUCCCAGCCUGGCGGCCCUGGGGGUCCUCGAGGACGCCCCCUUCGUCGUCGCCUUCGACCCCUCCCCCAACGGGGACCCUCCCCAAAAUGGGGACCCCCCCAAAAACGGGGAACCCCCCCCCGAGGAGCGAGACCCCCCCCAGGAUGGGGACCUGGACAACGAGGCCAAGGCGCUGCUGCUGGGACCCCCCCACAACCGGUGGUUCGACAAGUCGCUGACGUUGGUCGUGUUCCCCUCGGGGCGCGUCGGGCUCAGCGUGGAGCACUCGUGGGGAGACCCCCCCGUGGCUGGGCACCUCUGGGAGUUUGCACUGGCCCUGGACCGGUCCCUGGGCUACGACGAGUCCGGGAGCUGCCUCGGGGCAGAGCAGGGCAGGACCCCCGAGCCCCCCCAGGAGCUGCACUGGGACCUCCCCCCGCAGGUUUCGGGGGUGCUGCCCCAGGCCCGGGAGCAGUUCCAGGCCAUGGCUGAGGGGCUCCAGCUCCACGUGGUGUCGGUUGAAGCCCCCCCGGGACCCCCUGGGACCCCCGAGAGCUCCCAGGAGCUGCUGCCGCUGGCACUGGAGCUGGCGCUGGUCAGGGAGCGCGGCCCUGCCCUCACGUAUGAGCCGAUCCCGACGCGCCUUUUCCUCGAGGGCCGCGCUGACGGCGCACGCGGUGUGGGGCGCCCCCUGCUGGAGCUGGAGCGUGCCCUGAGGGACCCCCAAAUCCCCCGGGGGCGCCGGCAGGUGCUGCUGGAGGCGGCGCUGGCGCAGGCGCGGGGGCGGCGCCGGGCGGCCAUGACGGGGGCGGGGCUGGAGCGGCACCUGCAGGCGCUGGCGGCCGUGGCCAAUCAGAUGCAGCUCCGCCCACCCUUCCUCACAGAGGUCCUGGGGCAGCCUUGGGCUCUGGCCUUUAGCCCCGCCCCUCGGCCACACCCCCCACUGCUGCCCCACCCCCUGCGGCCUGCGGGGGGCGGCUUCAACCCGCCCCACCAGGACGGGUACGGGGUUUCCUUCACCGGGGGAGGGGACGCCGGCCCCGUCCUCGUGCACAUCUCCUGCAGGGAGGGGUCCCCAAAAACGGACCCCCGGCGGUUCUCAUGGUGGGACCCCACUGGGGCCACUGGAACCGCCCGACCGCCAUCGUCCGUCACGUGA